AUGGCUACUACCUUUAUACCCAGCGCCUUGGAAAAACCAAGCAAUUUUGGCUCCAAUCUUGAGGGCCUUCUCAAACGUGCUGUCAUCACUGGCGCUGAUGAGAAGGCUCGAAUGAGAGGAGAUAACCCUCUCCCAAGCCUAGAGGCACCGAAGAAAGUGAUUGUAGUCGGCGCUGGAAUUUCUGGGCUCCGAGCUGCUUCGGUCCUGCGCCGCCACGGCCUCGAUGUUGUAAUCGUCGAGGCCCGCGACCGUAUCGGUGGCCGCAUCUGUGCCAGCAGCCAGCCCGGCAAGACGCGUGAUCUCGGUGCCGCUUGGAUGCAUGAAACGUCGCAAAACAAAUUGACCAAGUUGAUUCCCAAGCUGGGAGUCGACUAUUACUACGAUGACGGAGCUCCCUUGUACUACACGCCUUACGGUAAAGCCGGCGCUCAAUUCAAAGCCAAGAAAGUGGCGGAUGAAUUCGCCGAUUACUGUGAGUGGUUUUAUAAGAACAAUCCGGAUGCUGAGGACAAAAGCGUCGACGAGUUAGUAAGAUCAUUUGUGAAGAAGCACGAUCUCAUCACAGAAGAUGAGCGCCUUUGGGCCCCACAAGCUACCAGAGAGAUAGAGCUCUGGAUAGGCACAAGUACAUCUGUAGCAUCUUCAAAACACCUCAGCUAUUUUGUUACGGAGCGUAACCUCUACGUUCUCCAUGGUGGCUAUCAGAAGAUCGUGGGGUGGACAGCUGAGUCAAUACUCGACUCCAUCCACCUAAAUCACCAUGUCAGCCAUAUCCAGUGGAGCGAGGAUGGUGCCUCAAGUGCCGUCGUCACCUGCCAAGACGCCCAGGGCAAGGAAAAGCGUUUGACCGCGGAUGCUGUCAUUGUGACCGUACCAUUGGGUGUCCUUCGUCGUCAGUUGAUUUCAUUUUCGCCUGCCCUUCCGUCCGAUACAAGUGAGGGGAUAAAUCGAUUCAGUUAUGGCGCCCUGGGCAAGGUAUUCUUUGAGUUCGCCGAGGUCUUCUGGACCAAGGACCAUGACCAGCUUAUAUACUACCCGGCACCCCCAGAACAUCAAGAAGAAGGGCUUGUCACAGAUGGCAUCCUGGCGCACCCUACCGUCACCGUUAACACCUGGCUCAUGUCGGGGAAGAAAGAGCUAUGUGUCCAGGUUGCAGAACCCUUGACGCAGCGGGUCGAAGCCAUGAGUAAAGAAGAGCUGUAUAGCUUCUUCAGGCCUCUGUUCAAUCUUUACCGCACUGAGCCAUACAAGGCCCUCCCUCAACUUGUGAGUAUCGAGUGCACAAAAUGGACUCAGGAUCCAUUAGCUGGGUUCGGAACGUACUCGGCCGAUAAGGUCGGCGAUGAACCCAGCCUAUUCACUGACGCUUUGGUAAAUCACAAGCAUAGCCGUCUGCAGUUUGCCGGCGAGCAUUGCACUUUGGUUGCUAAUGGGUGCGUUCACGGAGCUUUUGCUACUGGUGAGACGGCUGCCACGAACUUGCUGAGUUCUUUUGGAAUUGGUUAUGAUGGUGGCGACCUUGUGAGUCUUAUAAAUGGCCUAAAUUAG